AGAAACUGAAGCCCCAAUAAAAUUCAAAAUCCAAUUCAGAAUUGGGAAAGACAACAAGAGGCAGCAAGUGGAGAUGAGUCCAGUUUAUCAACAAAGAAAUGGGAAACAUUUUUUCAUAGCAAGUGGAAGCUUAGAAGCAUCAGUAAUAAACGGAAACAAUUAUUACUCAACAAUCUAGUAUUGCCCGUCUUCUUCAUUAUCACACUAUUCUGAUCAAGAGAUGAGAUGAUUCUGAUCCCGACCAAGGCCUGAACAUAAUCACAAUAGAAUGCAAGGAACAUCUGUGAAUAUAAUAGCUGGUUCUCAGAUUUGGGUUGAGGAUUCAUCACUUGCUUGGAUCGAUGGGCGUGUUUCAAAGAUCAAUGGUGAACAAGUCCACGUUGAUACAAGUGAUGGGAGACAGGUGGUUGCAAAUUUAUCAAAAAUAUAUCCCAAAGAUGAGGAUGCACCUGCGGGAGGAGUAGACGACAUGACCAAGCUAUCCUAUCUUCAUGAACCUGGAGUGUUGCAGAAUUUGAAAACCAGAUAUCAACUAAAUGAAAUUUAUACAUAUACCGGGAGCAUACUAAUAGCAAUAAAUCCAUUCCAAAAACUGCCACAUAUAUACGAUGUCCACAUGAUGGAACAAUACAAAGGAGCCCCUCUUGGAGAACUUAGCCCCCAUGUAUUUGCCAUUGCUGACGUUGCUUUCAGGGCAAUGCUUAAUGAGGGGAAGAGCAACUCAAUUUUGGUAAGCGGAGAGAGUGGGGCCGGUAAGACGGAAACAACCAAAAUGCUUAUGCGAUACCUUGCCUAUUUGGGAGGCCGCAAAGGUACUGAAGGUCGCACUGUUGAGCAACAAGUCUUGGAGUCAAAUCCUGUACUUGAAGCAUUUGGUAAUGCAAAGACUGUCCGAAACAACAAUUCCAGGUGAAUGAGAUACUCCUACAAUCAUGCAGUGACAGUGAUUAACUGAUUCAGCAAUGAUUACUUCAAGGUGAAUGUGAUACUGAUUCAAUUUGAUUACAUCUGUGUGUGUGUGUGUAUGUUACAGUCGUUUUGGGAAAUUUGUGGAGAUUCAGUUUGACAAGAAUGCGAAAAUAUCGGGAGCAGCUAUUAGAACUUAUCUCCUCGAGAGAUCUCGUGUUUGCCAGGUUUCAGACCCUGAAAGGAACUACCAUUGUUUCUACCUUCUCUGUGCAGCUCCGCCGGAGGAAAUUGAAAAAUACAAGCUAGGGGACCCUAAGUCGUUUCAUUACUUGAAUCAGUCAAGUUGUUAUGAGCUGGUCGGGGUCAGUGAUGCUCAUGAUUAUCUUGCAACACGAAGAGCUAUGGAUGUUGUUGGAAUCAGUGAUACCCAUCAAGAAGCAAUAUUUAGAGUUGUGGCUGCCAUUCUUCAUCUCGGAAAUAUUGCAUUCUCAAAGGGAAAAGAAAUUGAUUCGUCUGUUCUUAAAGAUGACAAAUCAAAGUUUCAUCUCAAAACAACAGCAGAGCUUCUAAUGUGUGACUCUGAUGCAUUAGAAGAUGCAUUAUUAAAGCGUGUGAUGGUCACCCCUGAAGAGGUUAUUAAAAGAAGUCUUGAUCCUGAGAAUGCAGCAGUCAGUAGAGAUGGUUUAGCUAAGACUAUAUAUUGUCGCUUAUUUGACUGGUUGGUAGACAAAAUAAACAGUUCAAUUGGUCAAGAUCCAAACUCAAAGUCACUUAUUGGAGUUCUUGACAUUUAUGGUUUUGAAAGUUUUAAAAGUAAUAGUUUUGAACAGUUUUGCAUUAAUUUUACAAACGAGAAGCUGCAACAGCAUUUUAACCAGCACGUGUUCAAGAUGGAACAAGAGGAAUAUACAAAAGAAGAAAUUGAUUGGAGCUAUAUUGAGUUUGUUGAUAACCAAGAUGUCCUAGAUCUGAUUGAAAAGAAACCUGGGGGUGUCAUUGCUCUUCUUGAUGAAGCCUGUAUGUUUCCCAAGUCAACUCAUGAAACUUUCGCUCAAAAGCUUUAUCAGACAUUCAAGAACCACAAGCGCUUUGUCAAACCAAAACUGUCUCGUACUGACUUCGCAAUUGCUCAUUAUGCUGGAGAGGUUCUAUACCAAUCUGAUCAGUUUCUGGACAAGAACAAAGACUAUGUUGUUCCUGAGCAUCAAGAUUUGUUAAGUGGCUCUAGAUGCUCAUUUGUAGCUGGACUUUUCCCUCCUAUUCCUGAUGAGACAAACAAAUCAUCCAAAUCUUCAAAGUUUUCAUCGAUUGGCUCUCGUUUUAAGCUACAACUCCAACAAUUGCUGGAGACUUUGAGCUCCACCGAACCUCAUUACAUCAGAUGUGUGAAGCCAAACAAUCUUCUAAAGCCAUCCAUAUUUGAGAAUGUCAACAUCUUGCAGCAACUGCGUUGUGGCGGAGUCCUCGAGGCGAUUAGAAUUAGUUGCGCUGGCUACCCUACUCGUAAGACCUUUUUCGAAUUUCUUAACCGUUUCGGUCUUCUUGCUCCCGAGGUAUUGGAAGGAAGUUAUGAUGAAAAAGUUGCAUGCAAAGCUAUUUUGGAUAAGAUGGGGCUUGCGGGUUCUCAGAUCGGUAAGACAAAAGUUUUCCUGCGAGCUGGUCAGAUGGCUGAGCUUGAUUCUAGGAGGGCACAAAAGCUAAACAAUGCAGCCAAGACAAUUCAAAGGAAAACUAGAACUCAUAUUGCCCGGAAAUACUUUCUUGCCUUACAAGAGGCCGCAGUAUCUAUGCAAUCUGCAUGUCGAGCCUGGAUCGCUUGCAAAUUAUUUGAACAUAUGCAAAGGGUUUCUGCUUCUCUUAAGAUACAGAAAAAAUUGCGUGGACGCAUGGCCUGGAAGUCAUACAAGAAUCUUCAGUAUGCAGUAAUUACUGUUCAGACAGGGAUGCGGGCAAUGGCGGCCCGCAAUAGUUUCAGAUACAAAAACCAAAACAAGGCGGCAACUAUGAUACAAGCACAUUGGCAUGGUCAUAGAGCUUUCUCAUACUACAAGAAACUCAUAAGGGCAUCGAUUGUAACACAGUGCAGAUGGAGGGGAAGGGUUGCAAGGAGAGAGCUUCGAAAACUAAAGAUGGCUUCAAGAGAAACGGGGGCACUUAAAGAAGCAAAGGAUAAGCUUGAAAAAAUGGUUGAAGAACUUACCUGGCGUGUCCAGCUGGAGAAAAGGCUAAGGACAGAUUUGGAAGAGGCAAAAGGCCAAGAAAUUGCAAAGUUGCAGAACUCCUUGCAAGCGUCGCAAAGCAAAGUGGAAGAAACAAAUGCACUGUUGAUCAGUGAACGGGAAGCGGCUAAGAAAGCUAUUGAAGAAGCGUCUUCAAUUGUCAAAGAGACACCUGUCCCCGUUGAAGAUACAGAAAAGAUUGAUUCUUUAACCGCAGAAGUUGAAAAUUUGAAGGCUCAAUUGCAAUCUGAAAAACAAAGGGGAGAUGAUUCUGAAAGUAAAUGCGUAGAAUUGUUGAAAUCAAGUGAAGAAAAGGAUCUAAAGUUGGAAGAAACUGAAAAAAGAGUUCAACAACUUCAGGAGUCAGUCACAAGGCUUGAAGAGAAGAUGGCCAACCUAGAGUCAGAAAACAAAGUCCUUCGUCAACAAGCUCUAGCAAUGGCACAAAGUACGAAAUUGCAAUCAGUGCGGUCAAGGUCAAUCAUUCAGAGAACUGAAAGCACAAAAAGUACCAUUAGCACCUCAGAUCUUCACAGUCAUUCACUAAAUGCAAGAGAUGCUCAUGAGGUUGAGGGAAGACCUCAAAAAUCCCUCAACGAGAAACAGCAAGAGUAUCAAGACUUGCUCAUCCGCUGUGUUGCUCAGCAUUUGGGCUUUUCUAAGGGAAGGCCUGUUGCUGCAUGCAUUAUUUACAAAUGUCUUAGGCAAUGGCGGUCUUUUGAAGUUGAGAGGACCAGCAUCUUUGACCGGAUAAUACAGACCAUCGGCCAAGCUAUUGAGAAAACCCAGGAUAACAAUGAUAUAUUAGCUUAUUGGUUGUCAAAUGCAUCAACUUUGCUGCUUUUGCUUCAACGCACAUUGAAAGCUAGUGGGGCUGCUGGGAUGGCUCCACAACAUCGACGAUCAUCAUCCGCAACACUUUUUGGGAGAAUGACACAGAGUUUUCGUGGAACUCCUCAAGGGGUGAAUCUUUCUCUCAUUGAUGGUGAUUCACCAGGUGGGGUGGAUACCUUACGCCAGGUUGAAGCCAAAUAUCCCGCUCUUCUAUUCAAGCAGCAGCUAACAGCUUAUGUGGAAAAGAUUUAUGGAAUGAUCCGUGAUAAUCUGAAGAAAGAGAUUUCUCCCAUGCUUGGAUUAUGCAUCCAGGCACCAAGGAUAUCAAGGGCAAGCUUGAUUAAAGGGACAGCACGUACCCUUGCAAAUGCUGCUGCUCAAGAGAUUCUGAUUGCUCACUGGCAAGGAAUUGUCAAAAGCCUUUCAAAUUUUCUGGACAUGUUGAAAGCCAAUCAUGUGCCUCCAUUUCUAGUUCGCAAAGUAUUUACGCAAGUUUUCUCUUUCGUCAAUGUCCAACUGUUCAACAGCCUCUUACUAAGACGAGAAUGCUGCUCAUUUAGCAACGGUGAGUAUGUUAAGGCCGGGCUUGCUGAGCUUGAACAUUGGUGCUAUAAAGCAACUGAUGAGUAUGCAGGUUCAGCAUGGGAAGAGCUCAAACACAUUAGGCAAGCAAUAGGAUUUCUGGUCAUUCACCAGAAACCGAAGAAGACACUUGAUGAGAUAAGCCACGAUUUAUGCCCUGUGCUUAGUGUUCAACAGCUGUACAGAAUCAGCACAAUGUACUGGGAUGACAAAUAUGGCACUCACAGUCUUUCACCCGAAGUUAUAUCCAAUAUGAGAGGUAUAAUGACCGAAGAUUCAAACAAUGCUGUCAGCAGUUCUUUUCUGCUAGAUGAUGAUUCGAGCAUACCAUUCUCAGUGGACGAUCUAUCGAAGCCAAUGGAGCAGAUUGAUAUCUCAGAUAUAGAACCUCCACCGCUUAUUCGUGAAAAUUCAGGAUUUAGUUUCUUAUUACCGCGUGCAGAUUGAUAGAUUUCAGUUGAUCUUUAGCAGUUCAUUGACAACAGUUGAAUAGAAGCCCAUCAGCUGGCAAGCUUGCAGAAAAGUUUUUUUUGUUUUCCUUCAAAUGCUUUUUUGGUUCCCUCUUUUUAGUUGUUUUUCUUCCUGGCAAGCUUAGCGUUGUGUAGUGAUAGAGAGAAGGAAAACAUAGAAUUAAAGAGAACUGGGUUGUUUAGAUGCACAAUAUAGCAGAAGGUAGAUGAUUGAUCAUUGUAUUGAUUCUCAUGUUAAUUUGAUGUAUGCCAAGAACUCCAUAUAUCGCUGUUGACUUCAUGAACAUAUGAUAGCAAGAAACAUUGUCCUUUCAGUUCUACCCAUACAUCAAGUGGAUGGUUGAUAAUGGCAAUUUAUACUGCGGGCUGGUGUUUUCAUGCUGUCCCAAAACGCACACAGCGUCAAAGCAUCUUCAUUGAGUAUCAUAUUCUCUACAAAUGAGCAUUGAGAUUUGAGACUAUGUGAGUAAGCUCUAAUCUGGUUGCCGCGAGCUCCAAUCUGACCUGCAUUAGCGGUGUGAGUUUCGUCAACUAGGAAGAGCCUGCGAGACGCGAGCAGGAGUGUCUGGUGCGAGAUGAGCGUCUGACCGUCUAGGUGCGAACAACGAGUCGUAUGUAUGAGUGCGAGCGGUGAGCCGUUUGUCUGGGUGCAAGCAACGAGCUGUCGGACUACAUCAAUGGAGAAAGUUUGCACUUCACGGUGAUGCUGAUGGUGAAGGUCGAAGAUGAGGGCACGAGCGUACUACGAAACUGAAAUUAGAGAAAGAUG